AUGGCUCAGAGUGAAUCCCCUGUCAUUGUCCCCCAGCAGACAAAGCUUCCCUUGAUCAAGGUGGAAAUUGCGGUCCUCAAGACCCACCUCGAGGACUGGAGGACUGUGAAAGGUAAACAGAGACAGAAUGUAUUGAAUGCCAUCCACAGGGAAGCUUGCCUCCAAGCUCCCACUCGUGACAAAGCCAUGCUCAAAAGCCGGAAAAAGACCUACAAGGAAUGGCUCUACAACCAGUGUCGCUGGAAGGCUCCAAAGCCUCUCAUCAAGUAUGGCAAGAAAUGGACGGCUCACCGGGUGUUUAUUGAGCAGAACAAAGCCCAGAUACGAGAGGAGACUGGAGAAACUCCUGGGAGUGAGGGGAUGAUCACCAAGUGGCCGGAGGCCACAAAGACUGUGCUCGCCGGUCUGUCGGCAGAGGAGAAGGAAGAGGCGAGAGUGAUGGCAGAGAAGUGGAACAAUGAAGCUGUGCCACCCGACAUCCAAGCCAAUGUCACCGAAACCAAAGGCGCCGACAUGAUCAAGCAUUUUGUGAUGGAGAUGUUCAAGCAGGCUGGAAUGAGGAUCUUCGUGAUGUCGGCAUGGCAGAACUGGGAAGGCAAACUAAUGUUAGGAGUACAUGACUUCAAUGAGCAGUUUGGCGGCGGCGAAAGCUUUUUGAAGACAAGGGACUGGGAAGGGAACUUCAUGCCAGACUGGCAGCAAUAUGCCGGCAAGCAAUUCGACGUCCAGGAUGAAGAUGUCCCCCAGGUGGUGACGACCAAGAAACGCUGGAAACGCAGCGAUCAACAGCAUAUCAUUCGGUCAUUCCUCACUAGGCACUACAGUCAGUUUAAGUCUCCUUCGGUAUACCACCGCGUAGUGAUUUCAACAGGGAUGUGCAUGGGAAAAGACAAAGCAGUGGUGGCGGUGCCAUGGGGUGACUUGGUGAAGAGCCAAUCAGAUUUCUUUGACAACACCUACUGGCCCGCCAACGUGCAGUUGGUGGAACCUUCAAAGAUGGACAAAGCAGAUGCCACCGCUCUGUUGUAUUUCUGGCAUCACCAACAGGAAAAGAAGCUUUGCCCAACCUUCUGUUUCAAAGCUUGGAAAGACACCGACGGCGAGAUGGAGACACACGCAAAAUCUUUCCACAAGGCAGUGCAGCGAGCUACUCGGCAUGGUCAGAACACCGGUAAGCGCAAACGUGCCUCAACACACCAUGAGCAAAGCGGUGAUGAGGAAGAAGUGGAAGAGAAGCAUCAGUCAUCUGCCGACGAAGAUCAGGAGGCUUCAAUGUCUGCCAAUGACAGGGAUGAAUCAUUCCUUCCAAAGGUAACUCAGAGAGGCCUGCCGCUGGUAUCCAGUGACAGCCCCGGUGAUGACUUGGCAUCUGAUAACCUUGCGCCUCAAAUCAAUGAUUCCACCGGCGGAUAUGCCAAGGCAACACCUCCAGUCAGGUCAAAGGUGACCAGCAAUAUCAAAGUUCCACUCAACACAGCGCAUGAACCGGCAAAAUCAGGUCCACACACCACAAGGCAAGGUCUUCAUUCCAAUGUGGAGAAUGAGCCGCCGGCCAAGGCAUCAAAACGCCGUGCCGCCGCUGAGAAUGAGCCACCAACCAAGGCAUCAAAACGCUGUACCACCGCUCCUAUCAGUGGCACACCGGCUAGGAGAACCAGGAGCAAGGCAGUGGUUGCUGAAGCUCCAAAAGCCAAAUGGAGUAGGAAGUGA